CGCAAAGAAACUUGGAAUGCUUCAAAACGAGAUUGAACGUGAAGUGUUGACUAACUGUAAUCCAGUAUCGCAAAAGAGACCAAGAGAAUUUGCUGAAGGAAGCGCCGACUCAAAUAUACCAGUUCGAGAUUUAGGAAACGAUCGACCGUCAGCGACUACGAGUGAAAGUGGAUCGUCUGUCUUUCGAACAGUUACUCCUGUUGCUGACAUACACCCUGAGCCGGGUACGUCUGACAGUUCACAUAGUAAGAAACCACGUUUAGCCAAACAGAACAAAAAUGUGACAAAGAAAUCGGCUGAAGGUGUGGCAACAUCAGCAUUUCGUACUCCUAAUCCAUUGAAAAAAUUACGAUCCGACCAGGUGUCAACUCCAUCAGUACCGUCUCGAGUCACCACACGGUCAGCCGUUAGGAAUGAUGUCAACUAUUCUGAUCCUAUCAAUAUUAUAGAUAAAGAGAACAAUGAGAAUGACGAGAAGGAUAGUGCCACAGGAUACAGAAACGAUAUGUCACAUGAUGACUCUGUAGUGAUUCCAAAUUCCAAGGGUGAAAAAACGAUCAUUGGUGAAAGACUGGUCGUCCUCGAGCAGAUUGAAAGCCGAAGAAACUCUGCUGAAAUUGAAACAAACCCUGACAAACCUGAUUCCGAACCGAUUUUAGUUGAUGACGACUCUGUCGCUGAUAAAGAAAAUGAAGAUGGCAGAUCGGAAAACAGCGAGAACGAAUCACUGAGCGAUUUCCUGAAACCAUUAGACCAAUAUGUCACUCAGAAUCAGACAUCAAAGCCAGUAAGUAAGAAAAUUUUUCGAGAAGAAAAACGUUUGCUCUCAUCGCAGAAAUAAUGUCUCACCCGGAUUCGUUGAAGCUCUUGUAUAUAAUUGGGUGGCUAAAUUUGACUAUCUGAUGUGUGGAUGCUACGUUUGCGCCGUCAACAUUGGCGAAACAUUUUACACGCAGACAUAAGGAUUUCUGUACAUAUUUUAUGUGAACUUUAUCAACCGUUUCUUUUACCAAUUAAACGUUUCCUAUAAACU